AUGGCGACCUGGGAACAGAAGGAUGGCCCUCUCUCCGAGACGAUGCAGACGAAGGAGGAGUUUUCGGACCAGACUGGUGAUAUCAUCGAGACCGAUCCACACAAUAAGCUACACCGUGGACUGAAAUCUCGACACAUUACUAUGAUUGCCAUCGGUGGCGCAAUUGGAACUGGUUUAAUUAUUGGUACUGGAGCUGCUCUUGCAAGGGCUGGUCCCGGAUCUGUCUUUAUCUCUUAUCUUAUCGUUGGUUUUGUCGUCUGGAUUGUUAUGAGUGCUCUCGGUGAAAUGGCCGCAUGGCUUCCACUUGCCAGUGGAUUUACCGGAUAUGCCGUGAGAUUCUGCGACCCUGCUCUAGGUUUUGCGUUAGGAUACUCUUACUAUUGCAAGUACAUUAUCAUCACACCGAAUCAGUUAACGGCAGCCGCACUAGUCAUAUCAUAUUGGGUUAAACGAGACGUUGUUAACCCAGGUGUAUGGAUCACAAUCUUCUUGAUCCUGAUCGUUAGCAUCAAUUACUUCGGUAUCAAGUUCUUUGGUGAAUUCGAGUUCUGGCUCUCCUCGUUCAAGGUCGUUAUCAUCCUCGGAAUCAUGCUAUUGACCUUUAUUUUGGCUCUCGGCGGUGGCCCAGACCACGACAGGAAAGGGUUCCGAUACUGGAAGGAUCCGGGAGCUUUCAAUACAUACAUCAAAGGCGGCUCAGCUGGCCGAUUCCUUGCCUUCUGGUCUACGAUGGUUCAGGCUACGUUCGCAUACCUCGGAACCGAGCUUGUCGGUGUGACCGUUGGAGAAGCCCAGAACCCUAGGAAGACGAUCCCUCGCGCCAUCAAGUUGACCUUCUACCGAAUCUUGUUCUUCUACUGUCUCAGUAUCCUCUUCCUUGGAAUGGUCGUUCCAUUCAACCACCCAGACCUCCUCUUCGCAAACAAGUCCUCGAACAGUGCCAGUGCUUCUCCAUUUGUCGUCGCCAUCCAGAUUGCCGGAAUCAAGGUCCUACCUUCGAUCUUUAACGGCUGUAUCCUGAUCUUCGUCUUCUCCGCAGCCAACUCCGAUCUCUACAUCGCAACCCGAACCAUCUAUGGCUUGGCUCGAGAGGGUAAGGCCCCUGCCAUCCUCGCAAGGACCAACCGCAGCGGAGUCCCCAUCUAUGCGCUCGCCCUUUCGACUUGUUUUGCCCUGUUGGCAUACUUGAACGUCUCUGAUGACUCCAAGGUUGUGUUCGGCUACUUCGUCAACCUGGUCACCAUGUUCGGUCUCCUCUCCUGGAUCUCUAUCCUGGUAACCCACAUCUACUUCGUGCGUGCCCGCAGAGCUCAAAACGUGCCAGAGACCUCUCUUGCAUUCAAGGCCCCAUUGGGCCUGGCCGGAAGUUAUGGUGCAUGCGCAUUCUGCAUCCUCAUCGCUAUCACCAAGAGUUUCAACGUCUUUGUUCCCAGCCCCAAGACCUACGGAAACUUCGACUACAAGAAUUUCAUCACCUCCUACCUUGGUCUCCCCGUCUUCCUUAUCCUCCUCUUUGGAUACAAAUUCUAUACGAAGUGCAAGGGCGUUAAGCCCGAAGAGGCUGACCUCUGGAGCGGCAAGGAAGAGAUUGACCGUGAAGAGGCAGAGUUCCUUGCCCAGGAGACACUUAAGAGGGAGCAGAAUGGUGAUGCUGGCUGGUUCUACAGGACCUUCGUAUCUUGGCUAUUCUAG